AUGACGCGACUUCCCGACAACGCAAAUCUGCUGAACGAGGCUCAUGAGAAUGGUCCUGAUGAAACCAUCGAGGAGCGAUGCUUCGCUGCCGCCCUCGUCUGUCUUGAAGGCCACUACACUCAGUCUCCUCCCAUGGGUCCUCAGACAGCAGCCAAAGUCAGCUCCAUGAUCACAAAAACAUUAGAAAAAACACAUACAAUACGCAAGGCUCGCGAAGCCAUCUCAAGAAAUGUGGCGAUCUGGAUCUGGCUCACAAGAAUUUUUGCUGCUGCCAUACCCAGCCUCACCACACGAUCUGUAGGGCCGCUGUCGAGCCUCAACGAUCCGGAGAAGGGCGUCACUCCUCAGGAGAGCACUGCCUUGAUUGUUAUGAACCAUGCGACAAUUAAGGAGGACAUAGCCACUCUCAUCAAGCUUAUGCAUAUUGCGAGGAAUCUUCUCGUGAAUGCUGAGCCCGAAGUGCCGCAAGACAUCUGCGCGGCGGUUCACUUUGAUCAAAUGGUCUAUCAGACAAUCAUUCUCUGUGUCAACGUAACGAGUAAGGGCUACGACGGAGAGAUUCUUGAUGAGAACCAGAGAUUAAAGCUCGGUGAUGUCACAGAACUAUACAAAAAGCUGCUGGUAACAUCGUUACAGCAAGCCCACAACUGGACGGCCAAACACGACAGGAACAAGAUGUCUUUCUGGUUUGAUGUUCUAUUUGAUGAUGACGGUGCGCUUUCGGGCCCCGAGGAGAGUCUAGGCGAUGGUUCAGGCUUCCGGCCAGACGUGGCAAAGCGACAGGUCCAGCACUGGCUCGAUAGGAACUCCAAGCUAUGCGACACUGCCAGGAAGCUGCUUAAAGAUUACGCCCAGAACCAAGCCUCAAAACCGCCCGGCAACCUCGCUCCGAUUCGACCACUGGCUUGGAACUGGCUUCCAGAUGGCUCUGUGGAUGUUCCUGGAGAUGUUGCCAAUACCGAGGAGAAGAUCAACCCAGUAUGGAAGCCUGAUGAGACGGAUAAAUUCGAACAAGACCGUGCAUAUGGGCGCGUCUCGAGAGAAGUUGAUACCUGGUGGCUGAACGCCCGCGAUCCAAAUUAUGAAGAAUGGCUCGUCCUGAUGCCAUCUGUGGAAUUUGCUCAGAGCCGCUUGGAACAUUGCCGCAAUAACCUCGUGCAUCGAUACGCUCACUCUUGUGGAACAGACCACUCUCCGCCACCGGGUGUUGUUGAGGAGGAAGAGCUCUCGGAACACGAGCAUUGCCAUCACUGUGAACACGACGAUCAUGAGCAUGAACAUGAGCAUGAGCAUGAGCACCAUCACGAUCAUCACCAUGAUCAUCACCACGAGUGUAACCAUGGCCAUGAUCAUCACCACGACCAUGACCACGACCACGAAGAUGACCAUGAGUGUGUAUGCCAAUGUGAUCACGACCAUGACCAUGACCACGAUCACGAUCAUCACCACCAUCACCAUCAUGAUCAUGAUCAUGAGUAUGCUCACGACUACGUGGAGGAUAUUAUGGACGAAGAAGACGCCGAUGAUGACGAAUCCUAUGGAGAGGGACCACUGACCGGCCUGCUAACAGAAGUGCCCAACAUUUUGGAUCCCAAACAGAUCGAGGCUCUGCACAUGAUUGUCAAGUCAUGCAUUUUGGACAACGCCGGUUCAGGGUUGACUCGAGCAGGCGAGAAUCUUCAGAAGACCCGAUGUCGCAUGUUCCUGGCUCUUGACUGCGGAAAGAGUCUCCUUAGAGAGAUGCUAGUCUUCAUUGCGGUCUGGGAGAAGGAUGAGCAGUCACUCAUCUUCCAGGUCACGACUCAGAUUGUGGAAGCCCUUCAUCACAGCGCCUUGAUUCCAUAUGCUUGGAACUCACUGCGUAUUCCGAAGGAUAUCAUCUCGCCCGCUCAGACAGUCCUUCUACGACUUGUCAACCACAUGUUCAGAGCUCGAAUAAACAACUCAGCUUCUCAGGAGGCCAAGGACAAUACCCGUGACAUCAAGCUUGUUCAUUUCUUCUUGAGUUUCUUCCGAAGCCGCAUUGUCCCCGAAUGUGCCGCUCUCAUGCAUCUUCAAGCUCAAAUUCGGGAAGAGAACUGCGACCCAUCCGAGUUCCCCGUGGAUAGCUGGGAUAUGGAACGUGCCAAGGAUGGCCUGGCCCAGUACCUCGACUUUCUCACGACCGUUGCCGAGAUGCUGGACACUCGGGCGAAACUGAUCGAGUGGGAGGCUAUCUACGAUCUUAUCACGAUCUUGACUGGAUUGGAGGCUGGAGUGCCCAAGAAGCCUCUUAUCGAAAUCCCCAAGCGAUCACCCCGAAAUGAUAAUGACGGCAACCCUAUGGUUGAGCGACCAUACGCUGCAGCAGAUGAUGGACAUCCCCCGUCACCGCCACCGCCUCCCAUGCAGGAGCCAGCGCACAAGUUCCCCUGGUCCGGAAUCAAAGGGCAAAUCUUUACCAUUAUAGCCACUCUCUUACAACCACCUCAAGGUCAGAGCAGCCCUGGAAACCCUGAUGUGCAGAUGCAGAUGGUAAAGUAUAACGGAAUUGUGCCUCUUCUGAACUGCUGCGCCUACGAUGACCACAACCCGUAUGCCAAGGAGCGAGUGACGAUUUGUCUCAAGUGGCUGCUGGACGGCUGUGAAGCUGCCAAUAACUUCUUCCGUGAACUUGUCAACCUCUCACCACCACCAAACCUUCGACCUGCUCCUGGCGGUACCACCGUGUCGACAAUAAGAGUUGAUGGUAUCCAAGGCGAAGUCAAGGUGCAGGUCCGCUCGAACAGACCCCCAGAGCCUGACUCUUUGGAGCGUCCCCCAUAUCAAAAUCCCGACACUGGCGGCUUCAUAGGCAACGCAUGGGACAUGUGUUUCAAAUACACCUUUGUUAAAGCCUGUCAGGAAGCCCCGUAG